AUGUCCGACAACUCCACCUCCUCGCCCGGCCUUACGGCUGACGCCUGUGGGAGCGGCGGCGGCGCAGACACCUAUUUCGGCCUCCGCGUCGCCUCCAUCUUCAUCAUCUGGACAGGCAGCACGUUCGGCGCCCUCUUCCCCGUCCUCGCAAGACGCACGCGGUGGCUCAACGUGCCCCACGGCCUGUUCGAGUUCGCGAAAUAUUUCGGCUCGGGCGUCAUCAUCGCGACCGCGUUCAUACACCUUCUAGAUCCUGCCAUCAAAGAGCUCAGCUCACCUUGUCUCCCAAAAGGCUGGAGUGAAUACCCAUACGCCCUCGCCCUCGCCCUCGGAUCCAUCUUUUUCAUCUUCAUCGUCGAGCUGCUCGCCUUUCGCAUCGGCACGCGGAAGCUUCAGAAGCUCGGCAUCCACCACGAUGCGCACGGGCACGGCGUCGGCGGCCACUCGGCACACGGGCCCGAGGGUGCUCGGGGCGGCGCCGCGGAAGUGGGGGAGCAAGAGCUUACUCUGAGCAAAAACGAAGACGCGGCGUCGGGCUCGGACGUCGAGAAGCGGCAUCACCAUUCGCAUGACUUUGAGGAGGACGACCACACUGCUCUCGCGCAGCUCGUCGGCGUCGGGAUUCUCGAGUUUGGCGUGAUCCUGCACAGUGUUUUGAUCGGUCUGACGCUCGCCGUGGACCCAGACUUUAAAGUCCUCUUCGUCGUCAUCGUCUUCCACCAGCUCUUCGAGGGGCUCGGCAUCGGCUCGCGGCUGGCCUACCUCAAGGUCCCGCCCAAAUACAAUUACAUACCGGUGCUCGCGGCGCUCGUGUACGGGCUGACGACGCCGCUCGGCGUCGCUGCGGGGCUCGGCGUGCGCACGACGUACAACCCGGGGUCCGCGCGCGCCGCGGCGGUGUCGGGCGUGCUGGACGCGCUGAGCGCGGGGAUACUGAUCUAUACGGGCCUCGUGGAGCUGCUCGCGCACGAGUUUUUGUUUAGUCGGGAGAUGAGGGAGGCGGGGGACGGGAAGAUGGCGUAUGCGGUUGGGUGCAUGAUGCUUGGGUGCGGGAUCAUGGCGCUGCUGGGCAAGUGGGCGUAGGGCGUGCGUGGCGUGUGCGUGCGUGCGUGCGUGCGUGUGGUGCGAUGCGCGGGGACGAUCGCCUUGUACGCUCGCGCUCGCGCUGUGAGGGCGUGAGAGACGCGCGAUGUGUCGCGAUGUACUUGCUGUUACUGUUUGGGAGCCCUGCGUGUUUCUUUCUUGGUUUUUGGCCACGAUUAUCUUGCGUUGCGUUGUUUCACUUUUUUUUAUUGCUUUUAGAUGAGACGAGACGGGGCCUGCCCGCUUCCACUUCCACUGCCAUCGGGGACGGGGAGGAGGGAGGGAGGGAGGGAGGUCGACGGUGUAGGAUAGUUGUACGCGCUACUACUUCUUGCCGCUUGCCAGCACUAGCAUCGUAGCUAGCAUCAGAGCAUCAUAGCCAGCAUUAUAGCAUCAUAGCUAGCAUCAGUGCAU